AUGCGCGAGCAAGACUCGUUGGCCGGAUGCACACACGUGGCUGAAUUUGUGAGCGAGUAUUUAGACGCUUCUGAAAAAUGGACCGUCGAACGUGCUGCAUGCGCCGGGUAUAUGACGCUACUUGAGCGUUUAGGUAAGCGAGUAAAACCAAUUACGCCUCGAGAGCUCGACUGGGCGCUUCGCACAGCUGCAGACCGUGGUGACUUGAACGUUGUCAAGUGGCUGACUGCCUACCAGCCGGACAUGGAAUGCUCGACGCGAGUGAUGGAUUCAGCAGCUUUACGUGGUCAUCUCUCAAUCGUUAAAUGGCUUCACUACUAUCGGGAUGAAGGAUGUACUACAGCAGCCAUGGACAGUGCUGCCGCAUAUGGGCGAUUACAAGUUGUGAAAUGGUUGCAUGAAAACCGCGAGGAAGGUUGUACGACUGCUGCAAUGGAUAGCGCUGCGGCUGGGGGACACGUGACAGUGGUGCAGUGGCUCACAAGCAAUCGCAAGGAGGGUUGCACGAGUGUAGCGUCCCACUUUGCUUUGCUUAACGGCCACAUGCACAUUCUGCGGUGGCUCAAUAAGCACAAUGUCGAGAGGCAAAUGCCUGGAAAAUGGUCAAGGAAUUGCUGGUACCGGAGAGAGCGACGGAAAAGCGCGACGCUACUAGUUGCACCGCAACAACGGCCGAGACGAAUGAGCGUAGGUCAAAACUGA